GGGCUGGCCUUAGUCAACGGUCACACUGCGUCGGGGGGUGAAACCAAGCCAAGUCCACGAAAAACGGAAUAAAAAGCGUAAAAUGUGUGUGAAAUAGUGCAAGUGCAGGUGCAAUAGCCAAGCAAGAGACCCCAAGUGACAAUGUGCCGCAAAAAUAGCCACAGAUAGACCUCUAAGUCGCCGCGAGGGGCAGCCACUGCGCCCUGCAUACCUGUGUAUGAAAAACCUGCUGCCGCGGCCGUAAUUACAGUUAGACACUAAAAUAGCUGCACGGUCAGGUUGCGCGGUGAUUUGGGGCACGCAGCUUGGCGCGGAUAAGGGGACUAGGGAUCGGCAUCGGGCCUGCAGCCCACGCACGCUAGCCCAAUUGCAAUGGAAAACGAAUCCGUCAAGUCGGAACACAGUGGACGCUCCAGACGCUCGCGGAAUCACAACAACAACGGCGGAGGGGGAGGAGGUGGAAGUGGUGGUGGUGGCGGAGGAGGCAGCGUAAACAACGGCUACCACAGGGAGCGGGAUCGCUCCAGGCACUCGCAUCGCAGCACACACUCCUCCAAGUCGGGCAAGGGAUUCCAGCGGGGCGACAUGGCACCGUACCAGACCAGCGUUAACAUGACAGGUGACGGCAGCCACGAUGGCCAGGAGGUUAUCGAGGUCCAGAUCCUGCCGCAGGACGAGAACUGGGGCGAGAACACCACCGCCGUCACGGGCAACACCUCCGAGCAGAGCAUCUCCAUGGAGGACAUCAACAACAUGUGGCACCGCGAGAACGACAAGGGCUUCGGCUUCGCCUGCCGCCGCUACGUGGAGUCCAGCUUCUACUUUCUGCUGGGAUGCGGCACCUUCUUCUCGCCUGUGGCCAUGGUGGUGAUGCCCUACGUGGGCUUCUUCCCGUCGGCUUUCGAUCAUCCGGAGCUGACGCAGACGGUACGCACCCAGCUGCUGGCCUGCAGCGAACAGUGCAAGGGACAAUUGGUCUCGCUGGCCGCCCGCCUCUUGCUCCUGGCCAUCGGUCUGUGGGCGGUCUUCAUGCGACGCACUUCGGCCAGCAUGCCAAGGAUUUUCCUUUAUCGAGCAUUGGUGCUCCUGCUUGUGACUAUCUGCACCUUCGCCUACUGGCUCUUUUACAUCGUGCAGGUCACGAACGGUGCCAAGAUCGUGGUGGAGACUGGCGGCGACGCCGUGGACUACAAGUCACUGGUGGGAUAUGCCACCAACUUCGUGGACACUCUGCUGUUCAUCCACUAUGUGGCCGUUGUCCUGCUGGAGCUGCGCCACCAGCAGCCCUGCUACUACGUCAAGAUCAUUCGCUCCCCGGACGGCGUUUCGCGCUCCUACAUGCUGGGCCAACUGAGUAUACAGCGUGCGGCAGUGUGGGUGCUGCAGCAUUACUACGUGGACUUCCCGAUAUUUAACCCCUACCUGGAGCGCAUCCCCAUCUCGGUCUCCAAAUCGCAGCGCAACAAGAUAUCGAACAGCUUCAAGUACUACGAGGUGGACGGCGUGAGUAAUUCGCAGCAGCAAAGCCAGAGCAGGGCCGUUCUGGCGGCCAAUGCCAGGAGGCGCGACUCCUCGCACAACGAACGAUUCUACGAGGAGCACGAGUACGAGCGUCGUGUUAAGAAGCGGCGUGCCCGUCUCAUCACCGCCGCCGAGGAGGCCUUCACCCACAUCAAGCGAAUUCAUAACGAACCUGCUCCGGCACUGCCGCUCGAUCCGCAGGAGGCUGCCUCGGCGGUCUUUCCCUCGAUGGCCAGGGCUCUGCAGAAGUACUUGCGGGUAACGCGCCAGCAGCCGCGACACACCUUCGAGAGCAUCCUGAAGCACCUGGCCCACUGCCUGAAGCACGAUCUGUCGCCUCGCGCCUUUCUGGAACCCUAUUUGACCGAGUCGCCAGUGAUGCAGAGCGAGAAGGAGCGCCGCUGGGUGCAGUCGUGGUCUCUGAUCUGCGACGAGAUCGUUUCCCGGCCAAUUGGCAACGAGUGCACGUUCCAGCUGAUUCAGAACGAUGUCUCGCUCAUGGUCACCGUUCACAAGCUGCCGCACUUCAACCUGGCCGAGGAGGUUGUGGAUCCCAAGAGCAACAAGUUUGUGCUGAAGCUGAACUCCGAGACAUCCGUAUGACACCACCACAACGCCCCGCCGAUCAUCACGCCCACGCACAGCAACCAGACGCAGUCGUCCUAUCUGCAUGUGUUCGUCUGAUAAUCCCACCUUUCUUAUAUUCCCAAUCCUUUUUUAACAAUAGUUUUUCAGACCAACUUAGCGGACUGUUGAAAAGAAAUUCACUUUUACUUGCCAGAAACAUCAUUAUAAUCAAUCAAAUUAAGCAAUCAAAAUUAAUUAUUAACGAAAAUGCUCCUAAAAGAACAAAAUGGCCGGCAGGUCGACCAAGUCCUUGAAAAGAAACACAAACAUGUUGGAAGGUCGAAAUCAAACUGACAAAAAUUCAAAACACGCCCUGUACUUAUUUGUUCGUGUAACAAAAGAUUAGAUAGGAAGACGACGUACUUAUCAGCCAUGAACUUGAACUUAUGACCCGAAUAUCAACAGCCAAUGCUCAAAAGCCCAGUGUAUCAUCCUGAACCGACUCGAACAUAUCACACGACCCUUUGAUAAGCAAACAUGACUUACAAGUUCCCAAAGUAUUAAUUAUAAGAAUGAUGGUUCGGCCUCCAGGCCGCGAUCAUAAGAUAUCAACUCUUCAAUGCAGCUCUUUUAUACACGUUUUUUAUUUUAGGAAAUAUGUUUAGUAUAAAGUUGAGCUUACUCGUCGCGGAAUAUUGAAUACCCAAUAUUUGUGACGUUUAAGCCCCGAUCGCUAGCCUUAAGAAGGUGUGUGGAGUCAGCCCAGGCGAACCCAUGGAAUUUUAUCUAAGACCCGGACUCGCGCCAAAAGUGGAGCAGUCGCCACUCUUGUCGCGACUCGAUAGGAUUUUACACACGCACAUUUUAAGCCGAAACCGAGAGGUCCUAACUCAUCUGCCACAAAGUUGAGAGACGGCAAAACUGUAACUCGAACGCAACUGAUGACAAAUACAUACUUUAAGCGAAGACUGCCUGAAUAUGCAUUUUAUACACACAAAUUGCCAACAGCCACUAGCAGGUGCAUGCACUCACCUGUGCAUAGCAACCACAUACAUAUAUACAGAAACUCGUGUAUUUUUAGAAACAAAAUUAUAGUGAUAAGGGCCCGAAUUCGUAUUCGAACUUAUGUACGUUCCAGUGAACCCAAUCUAAGCAUAUAUAGCAUAUAUAUACCUAUUUACAAACUACUUAGAGAACUUUUGCUUGAGGUUUGAUUUAUUUUCGUUUCUAGCUAAAUGCCUUCUCUCGAAGCACUCCUUGUAUUGCAAAUCUCUAGCAACUACUUAAAGCAAUUGGAAGGGCAAGACCGACCCCUAAUCAUACAUACCAUCUUUAAAUUAACUCUCAAACUGUAACUGUUGUAACUAUAAUUAGCUUGUGAGACCACAUGCCGUAAAUAAAUCGAACCCUCUUUUUUAACAGCUUUAA